AUGAUGUGCAAAAGUAAGCAUUUCUUUAGAGAUACUGAAUAUUUCAUAUAUGAAAAAGAGAACUCUAUUCAAAUAGGAAAAGUAUACAUAAAUAAAAAAUCAAUAGAAUGCACAAUAAAUAAAAUACACAAUACAAUUAGAAUUGUCAACUAUAAUUUCAUGGAUAUAUGGAGACAGAAAUUACUUUAUUGGAUUCAAAUUUAGAUGGAAGUAAAAGAUGAAAAUAAUGAUUGUGGAUUAUCAUAAUUGUUUAUAACUGAAAAGUAUUUUUGAUGGGAAAGUCUCCUAUAAUAAUUUAGUCAAAAUGUUUAAUAGUGUAAAAUAUAUACAAUAACAAUCUCAAAAUACAGUAAUAUAUAUAAUAUUUAUGAAUGCUCUUGUAGAUUAUACUUGUUCAUAGUUGUAUUGAUUAAAGACCUUAUCAAAUGAAAGUGACAUCAAAUAGUCUUAAUUAUAAUAUACUUGUAUUAAUUUUAAACAUUAUAUUAGGAUUUUAUGUUAGAAUUAGAAGUUUUAAAUUUUUAACACAAAAAUAUGAUAUCAAUUUCUUAGUAUUUCAUAGAAAAUGAUAAAUUUUAUAUUAUAUUUGAACAUUUAGAAGGAAGGAGUUUAAGAGAGAGAAUGAAUUCAUAAUAUAAAAUGAAAAAAGAGGAAGUUAUAGUUGUAUUAAAAGUAAAAAAUAUAUUAUAUAAUUUAUUAAGUAACUACUAAGUCUUUUAAUUUUAUUGCAUAGAAAAGGAUUCGUUUGUAGAGAUAUAUCUCAAGAUAAUAUUAUUAUAUAGAAAAAUGGUAGAAUUGUUGUAACUGAAUUUGGAUAAAUUACAAAAGUAGGUGAAAUAUUGAGAACAAAAAGAGGAACAAAAGAUAUAGAUUUAAUAAAUGAAUUGAUAUUACCAAAUAAUUUAGAAGUUAAUUAAAAUAAUGAAGAUUUUGAUAGAUAAUUUUGGUUUGCCUAAGACAUAUAUUGUUUAGGCGAAUUACUUCAUGAAAUGUAAAAAAAAUAGAUAUAUUAGGUUAAUUGGUAAGAGUAUUUAAAAAACAAUCUUUGAUAAACAUAGUAUAUUUUAAUCUAGUUAAAAUACUAUUUCAACUUUAAGAAAAAAAGUUGGACUUAGAAACUUAUUAGAUAGAAUGUUAGAACCUGAUCCUAGACAUAGAAUAUCAGCAGAAUAAGCCUAAAAUUUUAUAAAGGAUAUGGAAUUUGGUGAUGAUUCAUUUAUAGACUUUUCUGAUUAAGAUGAAAGAAAUAAUUUCUAAGAAGUUUAUUAAUUUAUUUCAAAAGUAUGUCUUUAGAAUCUCUGA